AUGAACUUUAAAGCUCUGAGGGCCAAGUUCCAGGAGGAAGCCUUCCUAGCUCAGUCUAAAACUAGUCGACCAACUGUUGCUGAGAAACCCAGAUAUGCUCCACCACCUGGAGGCCAAUCUAACGCUGUGGGUAGCAGUUUCAACAUCACUGUCGACAAGACACAAGUGGUUCCCAGAGUCAUGGUCAGGGAUGCACUUCGGACAUCUGGGGGUCAGCGACCAAUUUCCUUUCUCCCAGAAACUCAGCCGAUAUUGCCCUCAUCGGGGCUUCCUUGUGGUGACAUCACAACAAGGCAGUCCCUCAAAGACCGACACAUGCCUUUGGUGCUCCCUGCCCUUCCUUUGAAAGAUCAGAAGACAGAAUCGCCAACCAAAGGGGAAGACCAGCUAGAACCAGAACCACACUGUAAAGUUGUUCUGCAAAAUAAGGUUAAAAAGAAGAGUUUACUGCUUCCUUUCAAAUCACACAGAGCUCCGAAGGUCAGUUCAGAAAGUAGCGAGGAGUCCACCUACGCAGAUUUAAGCAUCAGACCUGCUAGUGCUCCUGGAGAGUUGCCCUCUAUGGAAAAACACGUGACUGAAAAUGGGAUUUCUGCCCAAGGAGACCAGUCAAAUGUAGAGUGCUUUCUCUCUGGCCAAGAUGUCCCAGUCACCCCACUUUCUGAAGAGAUACGUGCCGACUCUGACAACCGAAUUAUGAGCACCUUGGAGAAAGCCAAGAAGAAAUUCUCACAGAAUCAAUUUUUGACCUCUGUUAAAUCAAAGAGUUUUCUAUCGCCUGAUUCUACAUCGGCCGACAAAACAUUCUUUUCACUGCCACAUAACACUGACAGUACUGAACCUCUUGUCCCCUCACCACCUCCUCUCUUCCUGCCCCACAUAGCUUGUAUUUCAGCCAGGCCUUUCUUCAAAGUGAACAAUUCUGUACGCGCAUCUGCAUUGGACAAACGCUUUUGCAGGGAUAAAACUGAGCUUUCAUCUGUCAGGAGUGCUGAACCUAAUCUACCCCCCAGCCCCCCUAAAAAGUUUCUUCCUGCUCUGAGUUCUCUGGGGCUGUUGCCAGUCAAGCCUCCCAGACCUCCAUUGGUAGAUCUCAGUCGUUACCAUCCAGCUUCAGUCCAAGAGAUGUCACCAGGUCUGAGUCAAGAACCAACUGAAGAACCAAUAACCGAGCACCCAUGCUUGCUGCAGCCUGUACUAGAUGCUCCAGAGUUUCCAGACUUUGAGAAUUCAGAGGUUGGAACAGCAGAUGAUGAUGUUGAUAUUUCUGAACUAGAGCUGGAGGCUUUAGACCUAGUUAAUCUUCCCACACCAGAUGACCCCAGGAUCCCUGAUUUUGAAGAUUUCCAACUUAACUUGUCAAUUUGUGAGCCUCCAAAACCCAGUGUAACUGCAGACCUUGAGGUUCUGAAAUCUGACCAUCAUAACUUAAUCUCUCUUGAUCAAGUUAGCUCACCUGACCUACCAGACUUGUCAGAGAUCCCAGAUCCUCCUGUAUCAGACCACUGGGCACAGAUUGAGGGGGCUGUCAUACCUCCACUUCCCAAGUUUCAUGCUGAGGAGGCUGUCAAAGGGGCUUUUGGGUCCUACUGUAUUAAAAAGGAAAUGGAUGCCUGUAACCAUGCAGCAAUGGCAGAUGGGAUUCAAACACAUCCCAGUGUGUAUCAGCAGGACAGCUAUGACAAAACCUCUGAUAAUGUGUAUGAGGAUGUCGAAAACAUCCACAAGAUAGGAUCAAAUCACAACUCCCGUAAACGUAAAGGCAGCUUGAAGAAUCCAUAUGCUAACAACCAUACUGUGGAGGAGGAGGCAUCUCUAAAUGUAUGGCCUCGGAAUCCGUGGGGCAAUGUGUCAGGGGAACAUUCUCAGUCAGUCCAUGUUCAUAUUUUCAGUAAGGAGUGGCACAGCCCCAGUACUGCUGAUCAGAAAGAACAGAAGAAAAGGGAAAAACACAGACUGGAGAAAGAGAAAAAGGAACAAAAAGAAAGGGAGAAGAAGGACAAUGAAAUGAAAAAGAAGUUCAAAGUGACUGGUGAAGAGGAGCCUUUGUACCAUGCCAAGGUCAUGGUGGCCAGCAAAGUCCGCAAGAAUGAUCUCAAUGUGAAGACUGGCGAUACAGUCAGUAUCAUCCGUACCACCAGCUGCCCCAAAGGAAAAUGGUUGGCCAGAGAUGCCGAUCAUAAAUAUGGCUAUAUUUCAGUGAUGAAUGUGGAAUUAAACAUCAAUGAGAUGCUGGAACUUGGAAAGAAGGCCCAAGCAGGAGGAAAAGGCAAUGUGGAUGGAGACACCAUAAGCAAUGGCAGCAGAUCCUCGAACCACCCCGUUCUAACAAGCAGCUUUACUGAUGACAGUGAAGAGUGGGCAUUUGAUGAUGAGACCUUCUCACACGCCAGUGAAUACCAUUUCCUGCCUCUCAUCCCAGCGACAUUUCCUCACAGCAGUGCCCCACACACACUAAGUGAUGCCAACCUGGAUGACCUACAUACACAGACCAGACAUGAGGCCCUGCAGAAACUAGCCAUUUUCUUUCAACACAACAAAGAUGAGUUCACUGAUGGCACAGACACGACCCCCAUAAAACAAAGUCGUGAGUCACCAACCGCCUUGUGUGCUGUGGAAGAGCCUCCGUAUCCGGAACAGGAAGCUGACUUCACGGGCUUAGAAUUCCUUCCUCCUCCACCACUUUACGCUGACACCUUCUAAUGGCAACAGUGGCCAAUCCAGGGACGGUCUGUGUGGAAAAUCUAUAUGUGACUGUUCACCCUCUUUAAAAAAAAGUGUUGAAAUAUCCCAACCAUGUGUUUGACUAUUUAAAAUUGUGAAAAUGUCAUGAUCAGCCAAUGAUGUGCAAUAUUUCUGCUGUCACAUGUUUGAUUGUACCUGUGUAGGUGUGUUUUCAGUUUGUGGUCUGCACAGUUUGAAGUUGAACUAAAGGUGACUGUGAAAGUGUACAAAUUCGACUGUUGCACUUCGUCUAAUUGGCAACACUAUGAAGUAA